GUUGGGCUGGUACUAUACAAUCGGCCUGCAACUUACAAGCCCUCAGCUUCAAUCCCAUGGCUGGCAGCUCAUAGACUCGUAGCUCGCCCCCCCCCCUCUUGUCUUCCGAUACCAGCAGAACGAGCGACUACCUUGUUCUUCAGGGAGCGGUCAUGGGCGACUUUGCGACUGACGGGAGCGGGCUGAAUUUGGAAGACGUGUUGCGACAGGUGGACCACAAUGCCAAGCGCGUCUUUUUCGCUGCGCUUGGAGGCUCGCUUGCCGCCCUCCGCCUCGCCAGCCAUGCAUUUCGGGACGUCGUGGACAGCAACCUGGAGCACGUGUCUUUCCGGAUGUCGCUACGCGUUGUGGCGUGGUUGCGCCAGUCGCAGCAGCCCUCGCUACUGGCGCGAUUCACGUCGUGCAGGGGACUGAAAAUAAUUGUAUAUGAUAACGAAUCGGAGCAUGAGAGGCGUCGCGCUGGCGAGCAGCAGCAGCAGCAGCAGCGGCCGACCACGGCGCAACUGAUGGCCAUGUGCGUGCGCAACGUGGACGCGACCGUCCUGGGCAACAUAUCCCGCCUGUGGCUCUGCAGCAGCAGCAUGGGUCUGGCGGAAUUUGUGAAGUGCGUGGCUGCGCUGCACCUGCCCAACGUGCGCGUGCUGGGGCAGUCAGGCUCUGAGCGCGACGUGAGUAAUGUGCCGUCGCCCACCAGGCUCGCAGCCCUCACAGCCCUCCGCGCUGCGCUACCGCGGCUGGAGGAGCUGCAGCUGCCGCACACGGGUUGGCUGACCGGGAUCGAGGCGUUCAGCGGCAGUAGCCUCACCUCCUUGUGCACGACCAGCGGCGGCCUUGUCUGCAUGAAGCACGUGCGCAGCCUGCAGCAGCUGAAGCAACUAAAGCAGCUGGAGCUCUGCCACAGCGCAGACGGGUACACAAACCCACCCCGGAAUCGCCUACUAGAAAGCGCAUACAUCCGGCAGCUGGCCGGCGCCCACUGGCCGGCGCCGCCGCCCGAUGCCAGCACGGUGCGGGCGGGUGAUGCGGACAGUGAGGCGGCGCUGGAGGGGCUCAGUGGGGCCGGGGCGGAGCAGCUGCGGGCCGUGCGGCAGCUGCUGACGUCGCCGCCGCCUGCGCUCCAGCGCCUGGUGCUGAACACUCAGCCCGGAAGCACGCUUCAAGGCAUCCGGGCCUGGGUGAAAGCAGCCAUCCAUUUUGAGGCGGGGCAGGGGCAGUCGCCGAAGGUGGAGGUGGACGGCUGCAAUGCACCCGGCCUCAACUACCUCGCUGCCGUGCUGCUGCCAUGGCUGGCGGAGCGUGGGCUGCAGAGUGUGCCACUGUUGGGGCUGCGCACAUUCUGGGACACCACCUGUUUACUCAGCUCCUACCUGGGGCCUCAGACGCCGCUGGCUCGGCUGCUGCAGCUGUGCGGCAGGAUGGAGCUGGAGGAGGUGCGAUUGUGCUCGGGCUAUGGAAGCAUGGGCCCAGCAGCGUGCGCCCAGGCGGCGGCAGCGCUGCAUGUGGUGGUGCAGACAUUCCGCUGGCCCAAGCAUGUGGUGUUCAGCACGGUGGACAUGCCCCACCACCACUUUGACCCGAAGGACGGCGUGAUGUGCCGGCUGGCUGUCAACGGCGCGGCUGCGGAGGUGGACGACAUGGGCGAGGGUGGGGUCGGCGGCAGCAUCGGCGGUGCAGCAGCCGCGGCAUCGGCCGGAGGCGCUAUUGCGGACGUGACGGCAGAGGAUGUCCUGGGCAGGGCGACGGAGCUGAUGUGGCGCAGUGCGGCGACGGCGGACGUCAAGCCGGCCCUGCUGGCGGGACUGACACCGCCCGGGGCCUCCCCGCAUUGGCCCAAGCAGCUGCACGUGCUGCUGCGCGGCACGGUUAUCAAGCAGAAGCUGCAGGGCAGUGCCGGCGGUGGUGCCUGCGACAAGGCGGCUCAGCGGCAGCUGCCGCAGGGCAGUGCCAGCGGUGGUGCCCGUGGCAAGGCGGCUCAGCGGCAGGGCAGUGCCAGCGGUGGCAAUGGCGGCGGCGGUGGCGGUGUGGCGGCGUUGCAGGCGUGGCUGAAAGGCCUGCAGCAACAGAAGCAGCACAGCGGCUUUGACUUUCAGUACGCCCAGGACAGAUCCACCGUGGUCGUGCAGUGUCAUACGGCGGCGGCUACACUGCGCCUGGCGCGCGCUGCCGACGCGGUCGGUGGCAACCUGAAGGUGCUUGUGCUCUGCGGCCACGCAAGCUGGGCGAGCUACAUCGACAAGACGGUGCAGGAACUGUGGGACAGCCUGUUCGGCGGUGCGGCCGGCACACACGCUGGCGGCGGCGGUGGACGCGGCAGUGGUGGCGGUGGAGACAUUGCUGCCGCCCCAAGCGCUGGCGGCAGUGGAGGCGGCAGUGGAGGCGGCAGUGGUGGCGGUGGAGACAGUGCCGCCGCCGCGAGCGCUGGCUGCAGUGGAGGUGGAAGUAGAGGCGGCGGCGGUGGCCUUCGUGGCGGCAGCGUCGGCAGCAGGGUGAACCCACCUGGCUCCGGCAGUGGCUCCGGCGGCAGCAAAGUCACUGGGGCAGCUGCCGCUAGCACUGGCGGCGGCGGUGGCCUUCGUGGUGGCAGCGUCGGCAGCAGGGUACCUGGCUCCGGCAGUGGCUCCGGCGGCAGCAAAGUCACUGGGGGCGGCCGUGCAGCUGCCGCUAGCACUGGCGGCGGCGACAAGAGAGGGUGUGGCGGCAGUGGUGCCGGAGCUGGCGGCGGUGCCAUGUCACCGAGCGCUGAGCCAUUGGAGGCGAAGGCGGCAGCGCUGGUGCAGCUCGUGGCGAUCGGGCAUAAGGCCAAGGCGUCAAUCAAGCAGUCGCGUCAGGACUCAUAUGGGGACGAGCAGAUGCUGGCAAAAUGGGCAGAUGCUGGCAGAGGCGGAUCCCCCGCUCCAGGGUGGCGCGGAUGAGCCGUGAUAUAAGAGUGUGUGUGUGUGUGUGUGUGUGUGUGUGUGUGUGUGUGUGUGUGUGUCGUACGGCGUGUGGCGCAAGGCGCGCAGCCACGUGCGACAUGGGCGCCUGCACUUAUGGGCACAUCUGGCAGCGGCUGUGCGUGGGGUAGAUGAUUGGCGCGGCGCACGUGUGCAUGAUGACGGAUGGGCGUGAAGAGCCGCGACAGGCGGUUGGGCAGCCAGGUGGGCGGCAUGCAGAGCGACUGGGACUCGGCAGGCGCAAUGGUUGACUUGGAGAAUUGGGGACUUGUGCCCACGGCAAACCGUGCUGCUGGCAGCUUUGGCACUGGGAGACAUGUGUGGCCCAGCGAGAGCCAUGAAGGUAUCCAAGGCACGGGCCCAGGCGCGUCUAGUUCGCUUGUGGUCAGAUGGUCAAGUGGCCAAGACGGAGAGCUGCACGUACGGUAGCCUAGUAUGUAGCUGUGUCAGGGGCCGUAUGCGACACAUGAUGGUAAACGAUGAUGCCUGCGCUAAUAAGGGAAGACGCACGUGAAGGAGGUGUGUGCAGCUACGGGCCCGGCGUGUGCGGCGCAGGUGUACGAUGGUGGAUUUAUGGGCGCAUGGGCGAAGGGGGGUUAGGAAUUUAAGUUAGCCGGCACUGGUGUGAUGAUGACUUGGCGUUGCGGCCACGUACACGAGAGUGAGCCGGGAGGUGACGGCAUGCAGUUACGGGUAUUCAAGUCACCGCUGAAUGGGCACUUUGCUCGGCCGCCGGCGCCGGCGGCUUGCCGCUGCUUGCGGGCUGCGACCCUUGUGGAUAAUUG